AUGCCUUCUCACACUCUCAUCUUCGCGGCCAUGCUGGCCGCCGUCUCGCAGGCCAUCAAUCUCACCCCUCACAGUGAUGCGAAGUGCUCCAAUGCCACCCGGAUGGUUGCGGGGUUUCACGAAGAUUCUAUGGAGAAUCUGACGUACAUUGAGUCGCGUGGCAUUAGCGAUACGAUGGCCAAUGCCAAGUGGUAUGAAAAUGCCGACUUCCCCGACGCCGAAACCGAUGGCAGCUCCUACAGUAUUUGGUGGAGGGUCGACCAGCGUGACCCGAGCUGCCGUGUCUCGCUGUUUACCGACUACACCCAGGGAUCUUAUGGCUCCGUGCCCGGAGUCAAGGUGGCUGGCAACCAGAUUCUGAACGUCGGUGAGACCGGUUGCUUCUACAGCUCUAUUCCGGCAAAGCAAGUGCUUGGUGCCACCUUCUGCUGCGGCACUGGUGACUGCGAAGCCAUGAGCAUGGGUAAUUCUGCCCUCAAGCGGCGUGACGCAGAAGACCAAGCACCCGCGGAGCUGGAGCGUCGCGACAGCGACUGGGAUGGGUCGGGCUGCACGGCCGUCGACGUCAGCGAGCCGUUUAUGAACGCGGGCAAACAACAAAUUAUCGGAUCGACUCAGAUGUGCAACAGUGACAGCGGGUGCACGUUCAGGAUUGAUGGGUCGGUGACGUCGGGCACUACCCUCUCCUCGUCCUCCAGCCAGACGGUGACCAAUGGGUUUGAUGCUAGUCUGUCGGUGAGUGUGGGCGAGGACUUCAUCAUAAAGAGCGAGGUGAGCACAACAGUGGGAUACAACUGGGCCAAGGCGGUGUCCAAGGAGACGGGCUCGAGUAUCACCAACUCGACCACCUUCACCGUGAGCAACUCUCUGACCCAGAAGCCUGGCACGCGGGCCUUCCUGACCUUUACACCGUCGUACUCUUGUGUAUCGGCCAAGCUGGACUGUGGUGGUCCCACCCUCUCCGACGAUGUCUGGCAGUGCGAUCCGGUUCACGUGGACAACUCGAUCCAGGGUGACUUUGUGGUGGUGUACACCAACUAG